AUGCAGUCUAUCGAAAAGCCUAUAAUCGAUGCUACUGUGUCACCAUUGGUUACUACCAGUGUUACGAAUAUUCCGACAUCAUCUAAAGAAAAUUCACGUGUUAAGCAUGGAACGGAGCAAAUAGUCAAUUUGCCUUUAAAAUCAGAAUUUGUAACACCACUUGGUCGGUGUUUAGGAAAUGAUUUCGACGAAAAUAUGCAAAUCACCAGUAAUCAAUUUGUUGUAACCGCUGAUAGUAGAGCUGUUAUACAAUGUGGUUAUUAUGAUAGAUCAUUUCGUAUUUAUGGAUCACGUAGCAAUCGUUUAAUUCAAGCAGUGUUUGGUCAUAGUGAUAUUGUUACUUGCUUAGCCCGUUCAGAAUGUCAUUUUAGCCAGUAUUACUAUCUGGCAUCUGGUAGUCGAGAUUGUACUGUCAUGUUAUGGAUGUUCAGUAUGCAACGUUUAUGUGUUGUUACUAGUCAAGGUACACCUAAGCCAGUUGUUAUCUUGAACGGUCAUGAAGCUAGUAUCAAGUGUAUCAGUUUAUCAGCGGAAUUGGGUCUAGUACUGAGUGGAUCAGUUAACGGGACUUGUCUGUUGCAUUCAACACGUGGUGAACUACUACGUUCAUUAUGCUCACCGUAUACAACAGCAACACUUGAUCAAGUGUCGACACCAUUACCGUCAUCGUCUUCAACACCUCCAGUUGAAUUGGCUAAUUCCAAGCAGCCUGAGCCAAAUUUGUUUACAUAUCAUCGUGAAGGUUAUCUACUUGGUCAAUUCGAUCAUUCUUGGUUAUCACUGUAUAGUUUAAAUGGGAAAUUAUUACAUUCCAGUGAUUUAAGUAUUCUAUCGAAUAAUACAAAUUCAUCUAUUGCCUAUCAUAUCAAUGCUAUGCUAUUUAGUGAUUGUGGUCGUUAUAUCCUAGUCGCUGGUAAUGAUGGUGUAAUAUGGAUAUUGAGAAGUUAUAAUCUACUACCAGUUCAUGCAUUUCCUAAAUGUGAUACAUCAGUUGAAUCGUUAAGCUUAAGUCAUGACCAACGUUUUAUUUUUGCUGGUCUCAAAUCAGGCUGUGUAGCUGUAUUCUUUGUCGACUUCAAUCAAUGGCAUCAUGAAUUUCAACAGCGUUACUCUUGA